AAUACCUACAUAUAAUAUUUAAAAUAAUCAGCCUUUAAAAAAGCUUUUAUUGUAAUAAAACGAAAAAAAUAUAACUAAUAUUAGUUAUGUUGUAGAUCCAGUCCUCAUCAUUAAGGUUGUAAAAAAAAUUUACAUCCCAAAAACGAUUCUUAUUAGGUAUUGCAAUGGAUAUCGAACCCGCAGCCAAAGAACACCGCGAUUUUGAAAUGGACAAACCAUCGAAAUUCGGCUUAAAACUUCCCUUAGAUCAUGAAUUUCCCCUGAAGAGCAAGCAGAUUAUAAUUCCAAGACCAAAACAAAUACUGGACAUGAUACCGCUUUCAGUCAGGUAUUUCAAGUAUUGUUUGAGCAAAAAACUGCGUAAAAGGCGUCCAAUAAUGGAUUAUUUCCAAAUGAUUUCAGCACAGCGAAUGUACGGAUGUCCCAUUGGUGGAAUUGGAGGUGGAACCAUAGGGAGGGGUUUUAAAGGGGAAUUUUGUCGUUUUCAACUACAUCCUGGUAUAUAUGAAUAUGUCACUGUCCCAGAAUGCCAGUUUAUUGUAAACAUAAGGAAUGCUAACAAUGAGACAAUAUUCCAAUCAGUUCUUUCCACCUACAGCAAACCAAAAAAAGCCCCGGCAUCUUGGGAAUGGAACCUUGAUGGUGCAAAAUGUGAAUACACAGCACUGUAUCCGAGGGCAUGGACAACAUAUGAUCUGUCAAAAUAUGGCGUGAAACUUGUGUGUAGACAAAUAUCACCAGUAAUACCUCAUAACUAUAAGGACAGCAGUUUGCCGUGUGCAGUUUUUGUUUUUACCGCGACGAACACCACGGAUGAGCGCAGAGACGUGAGCAUCAGUUUCACUUGGACCGAAGUACUGGGAUGUUCAAAUAAGAAGAAGUCAUUAGAUAAAAUCGAUUUGGAAAGGUAUUCUGAGGACUAUACGUGCGGAGUUUCGUUAGAGCAAAGAAUCGGCGAAAGUUUAUGUACGUUUACGAUAGCGAAAAAGAAAGUCGAAAACGAAACGAUCCACCAGGGCUAUUGCCUGUGGAACGCAGCGAAGACGUCCAACUACGUUUGGGAAUGCAUAAAGAAAGAUGGGAAGCUAACUCCGGAUCCUAACUUAACUCCACCGCCGCCCAAACUUCCCGACAAAGACGCACAAAAGAAAAAGAAAGACAAAGAAAAAAAGAAACUGUAUAAAUGUGAUUCAGUCGCCCUGUCCAGCGUCAUAUCGUUAGAUCCAGGGGGAGUUAGUUCAACGGAGUUUUGUCUGGCCUGGGAUAUGCCUGUAGUUAAAUAUAGAAACGACAAAAAAAUUCACAGAAGAUUUUACACGAAAUAUUUUGGUAGUGACGGCAUAGCCGGUGCGAGCAUAGCUGCCUACGCUCUAAAGCAUUACAAAAAUUGGGAAAAACAGCUUCUUGAAUGGCAGGAGCCAAUUUUAACUAAUUACAAUAUACCAGACUGGUUGAAAAGUGCCUUAAUGAACGAGCUUUAUUUUGUUGCCGAUGGCGGAACGAUUUGGUUUGAUGCAAGCGACGAAUUCCCAGAAACGGAUCCUAGGCAUGAAUUCGGCUUAUUUGGAUAUUUAGAAGGACACGAGUAUAAAAUGUACAAUACAUAUGACGUCCAUUUUUACGCGUCUUUUGCUCUAGCGCAGCUGUGGCCCAAUUUACAGGUGGCGCUGCAGUAUAUGUUUCGCGAUACUAUAGGUCUUGAAAGUGAAAAAAGUAGAAAGUCAUUAUAUGACGGUAAAGUAGUGAAAUUCAAGAUCAAAGAUUCCGUACCUCACGACCUAGGCGAUCCGGAUGGAAAGCCGUUUGUGAAUAUAAAUUCUUACAAUAUCCACGAUGUCAGCGAUUGGAAGGAUCUCAAUUUGAAGUUUAUCCUUCAAGUGAUACGGGACUAUAGAGUCUUACGUGCUUACGCUGCUCCCUUCACCGAUGACAAGUUGUACAGGUCCAUGCCGUUCAUAGACGACGUGAGGGAGGGCACCGAGGACGACCUGUACUCUCGCGCCACGGGACAGUGCGACGAGUCCGGCGCGCGUCCCGCCCCCGCGCCGUCCCCCCCGCCGCCCCCCGCCGCGACGCCGCAGGACCGCGCGCCGCGUGACGUCGCCGACAUCCUCGAGCUGCUGUACAGAAGCGGCGAGGAGGAGGUCGGCGCCGGCGAGAGCGUCGCGGAGCCGCGCGACCCCCCCGCCAACGUGUGGCAGGACAGUCGCUACCUCGCCGACAUGUACCCCGCCUGCGUCUCGCUGCUGCGCCGUGCCGCCGCCUGGGACCGCGACGGCGACGGACUCAUCGAGAACGACGGCUUCCCCGACCAGACCUACGACAUAUGGGUGAUGACGGGACCCAGCGCGUACUGCGGCGGGCUGUGGGUGGCGGCGCUGGGCGCGGUGCGGACCAUGGCGCAGAUCCUCGGCCGCGAGGACGACGAGCGCGAGUUCGCCGAGCGCCUGCAGAGGGCGCAGGCCGCGUACCAAGAGAAGCUCUGGGUCGGCUCCUACUACCGGUUCGAUACCAAGCCGGGCAACGAAAAAGUGAUAAUGGCGGAUCAAUUGGCGGGACACUGGUUCCUGCGGGCGUCCGGAUGGACCGAAGCGGUGUUCCCGCAAGCGAAUGUGCGAAAAGCACUGAAAACAAUUUUCGACAAUAACGUGAUGAAGUUCAAAGGGGGCAAAAUGGGCGCCGUGAACGGAUUUGUGGCCGAAGGGAAGGGCCACGUGCACACCGUCGCGCUGCAGAGCGAGGAGGUCUGGAUCGGAGUCACGUACGGCCUGGCCUCGCUCAUGGUCUACGAAG